UGAAUCCUGCGUACGUGGAGAGAAGGGAGAGAACAUUAGAGCCCCAAUUGAGAUUGAGAAUAUUCUAGAACUCAAUUGAGCGUGAUUUCACGUCCUUUAUCUGUAACAAGCGAUUCCUGAAUAUAGAAUAAUGCCUACCUACAAAGUGACUUAUUUCCCCAUCAAGGGUUUGGCCGAAUCCAUUCGCUUUAUACUGAGCUAUGGAGGUGUUGAUUUCGUGGACGACCGCUUCAACCGCGAAGAUUGGCCAAAGCUGAAGCCCUCAAUGCCAUUUGGGCAAGUACCAGUGCUAGAAGUUGAUGGUAAAAAGAUCAAUCAAUCAACGGCUAUUGCACGCUAUUUGGCUAAACAAUUUGGAAUUGCUGGCAAAGAUGACUGGGAGGCCAUGGAGGUUGAUGCUACUGUCGCCAACAUUGAUGACCUUAGAAACAAAAUCGGAGCCUGGCAUUACGAAGCGGAGCCAGCAGCAAAAGCAUUGAAAGAGGGCCCAUUGUUCAAGGAAACAAUCCCGUACUAUCUGGAGAAAUUAGAUGAGCAAGUUAAAAACAACGGCGGUUAUUUUAUCGGUGGUGCUGUAACUUGGGCAGAUCUUACUUUCGUCGCCCUGCUCGAUUACAUCAAUUUCAUGGCAAAGGGGGAUAUACUUGAGAAGUAUGAAAAUCUCAAGCAACUUAGAACAAGGGUUCUCGAAUUGCCGAAAAUCAAAGCCUGGGUCGAAAAGCGUCCGCAAACCGAUUAUUAAACACGAAUAUCACUCACCGAUAUUAACCCACCGUGCACGAAUCCAUAUAAAAACAUCAUCGGUUUAUUUAAGUAUUCUUUAAACACUUAUAAAUAUAAUAAUAUACUUAAAAAUAUCUUUGCACCUAGAAUAUCAAACGAAUUGACCAAUAAAAAAGUAUUCAAUAUUUCUGUACUCUAUGUUUGUUAUAAUAUUAUGAUGUAAUAUCAGUCAGAAUAAAAAUUUAUCAUUAAAAAAAUUACCGACCAUUAAUUACGUACCACUUCCCGUGAAUAUUCAUCAAGUCCCGUUGUAGUGUUCUCAAAUCCCG